UCGGGCUGCGGGCGCCGCGCGCGGGAGACCAUGUCUGGGGGCAGCAGCUGCAGCCAGACCCCAAGCCGGGCCAUCCCCGCCACUCGCCGAGUUGUCCUCGGCGACGGCGUGCAGCUGCCGCCCGGGGACUACAGCACCACCCCGGGCGGCACGCUCUUCAGCACCACCCCGGGAGGGACCAGGAUCAUCUACGACCGGAAGUUCCUGAUGGAGUGUAGGAAUUCACCUGUGACCAAAACACCCCCGAGGGACUUGCCCACCAUUCCCGGGGUCACCAGCCCUGCCAGUGACGAGCCCUCCACAGAAGCCAGCCAGAAUCACCUGCGCAACAGCCCAGAGGAGAAGCCAGUGGGCAGUGAAGAGUCACAGUUUGAGAUGGACAUUUAAAGGACCAGCCAGCAAACUGAGCAUGCCUCUGGGCCCCUCUGGCCUUCUUGGGAUAAGAGUCCCAUCAGCCAGGCCUUAGGAAAGUUCAUCCGGGGCCAGUGUUGGGUGUGGGUUGGCCAACCCAGCCCUCUGCUCCCUCACUCAGGGCACCUGCUCUCCUUCCUCUUCGUGAACACCAGCAAAUACCUCCAUGUGCCUCCACUCAAGCAGGAGAUGUCACCCAGGGGAGUGAUAGUGGAACACACCCUGCAGCCCAGGGCCCGGAAGCAGGCUCAGGAGCUUUCUGAAUGAUCUGUCAUCUGGCUCUUCCAGCCAUCCUCUCUGGCACACCCACCCCUUCCUGAGGUGGGGGUGUGAGUGAAGGCUCCCCUCCCCCUGCUUCCCCAAGACAGGAAUAAAAGCCAACUUUGCCCUACGGCACAAGUCA